AUGGGUAGGAGAGUAAAAUUACCACAGAGCUGUCAACAACUUUCACAAACAAUGAUGAAUCUAAAUAAUGACGAAGCGUAUGUCAACUUCAACUGGGACAAGCUAGGGUUUGGCCUCACUCCAACUGACUACAUAUAUAUCAUGAAAAUUUCUGGAAAAGAUAACUUCUCAGAAGGAUCUCUAAGUCGCUAUGGAAACAUAGAGAUAAGCCCAUCUGCUGCAAUUUUCAAUUAUGGGCAGGGAUUGUUUGAAGGUCUGAAGGCAUAUCGAAGGCCAGAUGGUGGCAUUCAACUAUUUAGGCCAGAACUGAAUGCCCUGCGCAUGAAAAAUGGAGCAGACAGACUCUGCAUGCCAUCCCCACCAGUUAAUGUAUUUGUUGAUGCUGUAAAAAAAACUGUCCUUGCCAACCAGCGAUGGGUGCCUCCACCAGGUAAAGGAUCAUUAUACAUUAGGCCUCUACUUAUGGGAAGUGGAGCUGUUCUGGGUAUUGGACCAGCCCCUGAAUGCACAUUCCUUAUAUUCACCUCUCCCAUCGGAAAUUGGUACAAGUGUGGCCCUAGCAUGAAUUUGUAUGUUGAGAAUGAGGUUCCUAGGGCUACUCUUGGUGGAACCGGAGCCAUUAAAAGCAUCACCAAUUAUUCACCGGUUUUUGAAGCAGUAAACAAGGCUAAGGCAAAAGGGUUCACCGAUGUCUUAUUUCUGGACGCGGCCACUGGAAAAAAUGUUGAGGAAGUUUCUUCAUGCAAUGUUUUCAUUGUGAAGGAUAAUGUGAUUUUAACACCACCAACCAAUGGAACUAUUCUUCCAGGGAUCACAAGAAAAAGCAUUAUAGAAAUUGCUCUUCAUCUAAAGUACAAGGUGGAGGAACGUGAUGUUCCACUAAUGGAUGUGCUAACAGCUGAUGAAGUGUUCUGCACAGGGACUGCAGUGGGUGUCACUGCUGUUGCUAGUGUAACACAUCAUGAUAAAAGGGUUGAAUACCGAACUGGAGAAAAAUCAAUCUCUCAAAAGUUGCGAGUAAUGCUUACAGAGAUUCAAACAGGCAUGGUCGAGGACAAGAUGGGAUGGACCAUGCAAAUUUAUUGA